AUGGCCAACCGCGUUCCUCUCAACCCAGAGAAAAAGAUUGCCGAUGACUCGUCGAUGGUUGACGGGAAGAAUGGAGUAGCAGAUCCCGAACCGGUAGCUGGCAUCAUGGAUAACCUUAACCUUGAGCCUAUGGCCUCACCAAAAAAGAUCGUUGUGAUUGGCGGUACUGGAAUGUUUGGCGGCUCGCUCGCUCGCUCCCUGAAAGACAAUUCCGAGUUCGAAGUUGUGUUGACAACGCGCGAUCCUAACUCGGCCACAGCCCGCAAGUGUCGCGAGCAGGGAUAUUUGUUGAUAAAGGCCGACUCCUGGAAUGCUGCCGAGCUCGAUUCGGUGUUGGCGGGCGCCUAUGGUGUGUUUCUCAACACAGACUCAGACGACCCGAACUUCAAAAAUGAGGUCGGACUUCCGGAAUACGCCAUGGGCAAGAUCGUGAUCGACGCUGCCAUCCGUCAAAGUGUCAAAUACUUUGUUUUCUCAGGACUUCCACAUUGUAACCGCCUUACGAAUGGAGAAGCUUCCAUCGUUUCCUUCGACAACAAGAACGCCAUUGCCAACUACGGGCGUAAGGCUGGGUUUGAGGCUUUUGUUGAGGUCAAUUCUGGCUGGGCUAUGGAUAUUUUCUUCAUGGAGACGUACGCGAAUGCAUUCGGCGGAUUCGCGACCAUUCCAGACUCAGAAGGCUUUCUCAGUUUGAAAGUCUUCCCUAUGAGCAAUGACCCGGAGCUGAUCCCAUGGACCUCCGUGAGAGACGAUUACGGCGAUGCUAUCAUGCGGAUGGCCAGUGAUACCAUGAAAAACAUCACGCUUGAGACAGGAAGGAAAAGCGCUAUCAUCAUCUUCGAUAAUGCUCAGAUUCCCAAUGCAGUCAAGUGGGCACAUUACGGUGUGAUGGGCAACAUGGGCCAAAUCUGCACCGCAACAUCCAGGAUUUUUGUACACGAUAAUAUCUACGACACUUUCAUUCAAAGUUUCAAAGAAUACGUUGCGAAGGUCCAAGUCAUUGGCUGCCCAUUCGAGGGGGAAACGUACCAAGGCCCCCAAGUCUCCAAGGAUCAAUUUGAAAAGAUUCUCGAAUAUGGCAGAAUUGCCCAGGAGGAAGGUGCCGCAAUCGUUGCCGGCGGCAAGGCUGCCGAAGGUCGACCCAACGGCAAAGGAUACUUUGUGGAACCUACGAUCGUUCGUGAUGUGCAGCCGCAUAUGAGAAUUUACAAAGAAGAGAUCUUCGGGCCAUUUGCGGUCUUCGUCAAAUCCUCAACCGAGGCAGAAGCAAUCCGGUUAUCGAAUGCGACAGAAUAUGGCCUUGCCACGGCUGUAUGCUCAAGUGAUAUUACGCGGGCUCAUCGCGUGGCUAACAAGUUGAAAGCCGGCAUGGUCUGGAUUAAUUCCAGCAACAACAGUGAUUUCUGCGUUCCUUUUGGUGGAGUGAAGCAGAGUGGUAUUGGAAGAGAGUUAGGCCAGGCAGGGUUAAAUGCGUACUCGCAACUCAAAUCAGUUCAUUUGAAUCUGCAGUUGACAGAGCAGAUUUAG